AUGGCAUCUUUCCCAAUCACUUCCAUUACUACGGAACCAGGGUCUGAGAUCACAAACUCGGAACUGGCACCGUCAACCUUUAUCACAACAACCCCAAUAUUUAGUACGACAGACGAGACUACAUCUGAAAAUAAUACAGAGUCUACUCCUACAACACAACAGCCAUCUUCUCAAACACCAACAACCUCCAAUAGUGAACAGCAAUCGUCUUCCCAGUCACAGCAGCAAAUAUCAUCAAGCUCUCCAGAAGGAAGCGGAACGACUUCCAAUGAGUCUACCAAUUUAUCGAUUCAAACGACGAUCGAACAAGAAUCAUCAACUAACUCUGAAAGCCAAAGUUCUCAGACAAACACAUUAACUUCAUCGCAAGAUUCUUCAUUAAGCACUGAGCAGAAAUCGUCUGAAAAUAGCGGUAGUACGUCACUUCAGUCAACUCAGAGUGAAGGAUCCACGACUUUGGCCUCCAUCACUAGUAUAUCAUCCGAACCGUCGUCUUCUCAGCAACAAUCAACAUCAUCACCUAGUUCUUCUCAAGAACAAAGCUCUGCAUCAGGCUCUUCUCAGCAACAAGCUUCCAUUUCAUCUUUACCGGUAUCUUCACAACAAGAUUCGACCUCUGCAUCAUCAACUGAAACAUCAUCGAGUGGCGAACAAUCGUCCUCUGUUCCGCAAACAUCAUCCCAAUCUCAGGAAAUAUCCUCAUCCUCUUCCUCAGUGCUUCCUUCAUCAGGAUCCUCAAUCAUAGAGUCAUCUUCUUUUUCUUCUUCUCCAUUAUCUAUCUCCUCUGCUACAGAACCUUCUUCUGCUUCUUCUUUUUCUCGUUCUGAUACUUCUAAUUCAGUAAUCUCGGCCUUGCAGUCUUCGCAGCAGGGAAGUAGUAGUGCAUCAGAAACAACUACAAGCAACAUCUCUGAUGCGUCAUCUUCUACCAGUGAUGGCGCCUCCCAUUCUUCAGAUUCUGGCACAGUAUCAUCGACGUCUCCCUCUCAAACACAAUCUUCAAACUCUAAUUCAGUACCCACCAAUACAAGUUCAAACUCAAAUCAGUCGGAAUUAUCGGCGUCUCCCUCUGCAAUCUCCUUGUCAGAAGUAGUGGCCUCCUCAACCCAAACAAGCAGUAGCCCCGCCUCGUCAAAUUCUAAUAGUGCUUCCCAAACUAAUAAUAGCAACACAAGCAAUAGAUCAGCAUCAGCGUCAAAUUCUAAUCAGUCAACCAACACUAAUGCCAGCAAUACACUAUCAUCGUCAGUCACAGACAGUGCAAGUGAAAGUAGUAGCUCCAAUACCAGUUCUGGUGCUGUUUCAAGUUCUAGUAUUGCUGAAAGUGCGAGCAGAAGUGAAAAUAUAAGUUCCGAAGGUAGCAGUAGCUCAAGUGCCAGUGAUCGUCGGAGUAGUACUGAAAGUACUUCCGAAAGUGUUACCGAAAGUGUUACCGAAAGUGGAAGCUCUACUGACACUACAUCAACACAAACACAAAAUGAAAGUUCCUCUUCCAGCUCUGAAAGCUAUACAGGGUCCACACCUGGCUCGUCAUCUGGCUCGUCAAACAGAAAUUCAAAUUCAAAUUCAGAUUCCAGUAGUGAGUCAAAUACAUCUGAGUCUAAUGCUAAUGGGUCUUCUACGGUUUCCUCUGUAAGUGCUUUUACAACCUCUGAAACACCAAGUAGCGCAACAGACUCUUCGUCCUUUAUAGAUCCUUUGUCCACAGAACCAGAGUCAACAUCUAACUCCGAAAGCAGUAGUGCAAGCAAUUCUGAUUUGUCUGUAAUCACAGAAAGUACUACUCUUCGCACAUCGAGACGCUCUUCGACUUCAGAUGACAGCAGUGACUUAGACACAGCCAUGGUUACAGAGAGUGACUCGUCAAGCUCAAGUUCACUAACGACAUAUCCCCCUGUGGUCUUGACCACCACAUCAACCUCAAUUGUUCUUGUGACUCGAAAUGGAAUUACAGCCACUUCAACAUCUGUCACUCUUAUCAAGUAUACUGUUACACCAACUUUUGAUAUUUCAACUGUAUCUGCUGAAGUUUGGGCCACAAACUCCAUGAUUCGUUCUGCUGCAAGUGCUGCUGCAAGUGCUGCUACAACUCACACUGAUAAUGGUGGGCCUUCUACGGGCACUAUUGUUGGCUCUGUUGUUGGUUCUGUCGCCGGUGUAGCUUUGCUGGGUCUUGUACUUUUAGUUUUAUUCAGCCGACACAAAAAGCGCAAACGUGACAGUAUUAGCUCAAGCUCUACUCCGGAGGAAUAUGCUGGGUAUGGUGGCAUAGUUGGUGGCGGAGGUUCUGAAGGUCCCAAUAAUUCGGGACGUCUUGGUCGGCAUCGAGGUCCUGGAAGAGCACCAGGCCAAAAGCCUUGGUGGAGCGCCCUUAACCCCUUUUCAAGUUCACUUCCUUCUCGACGAAGAAGCCUUGAGCCGUUGCAAUCUGCUACAAUACCUCAAAUGACUGAACGUGCUCCGACUUUGGCAGAAAUUAAUGCAGCAGCCGCAGCAGCUGCCGGUGGUGUAGUGGGAUCAAGUGCUGAUGGAAGCACAAUUCAUGGUGGUGGUUUAGGAGGAACCUUUGGUGGGUCUGUUUCUGGUUCUUCCGCAGCUGAUGACCGAAGUGCAGCUCUUUCGAGUGUUGCCGGCAGUAGUGGUACAGGAAUGGGUGCAGGAGGCGCUUUGCUUGUUGCUCGUAACAAUUCAUCAAGUACCAAGCACCAGUCGCGAUCUAGUGGUGGUGCUUCUUCACCAUUGACUAAAACAACAUACAGCGAUGAAACCGACGAGUUAUCGAGUGGAAACAAUCGAUCUUAUUACAGAACUCCAAGACGGUUAAAUGGAAACAGUAUAACAAAUAAUGUUAGGUCUGAGCCAACUACCAGAUACGACAGUUCAAGUAAUAGUGUUAUUGCUGCGGCCACAGCAGCCAGUGGUGCUGGUGUAGCUGGUGUGGCAGCAGUUCACAACAUUCAUGGCAACUCUCAUAUUGCUGAUUUGGCCGUUCCCCCUGUCAUCGGGUCGAGCACUUCGAUCGGUAGCGGCACUGAGUAUGGAUCAUACCCACACUUUGGAGACGAUCCAUUUGACACUCCGGUCUUGGAUAACGAAUCAGGUAACGGUGGUCAAGGAUUGGCCGGUUUCUAUGAUGCUAAUGAGAGUCCUUCUGAUGCUUUACCUUUGGGCGCAAAUUUUGACCGAUGUUCUGCAUCUCCAAGACUUACUACACCUGGUAAUCCUAGUUCAGGUGAAGACAUGAUUUCUGGAGGGUAUGGGAGCUCGGGCACCACUAGCCGAGAAAUCCAACCCAAUGGAACUAAGUCACAAUAUGGAUCCGUUGCACUUGGUGCUUCUGUUGUCGGUGCCGCUCCCAAUUCAAAGUCUUCACUACCAUCUGCGGAACCAAAAUUAACAAGAGCUCCUGAAAUCCCUUAUGGUUCAGACCUUCGAUCAAACUCGCCGUCAUCUUUUGAAAGCGGAUCUGGGUUUCAUACUGCACAGCAGCAACAGCAGCAGCAACAAAAGCUGCCCCUCAAAUCUAUGACUCAUCAAUACGAGCGCAUGUAUGGUACCGAUAAUUUAGAUGGAUUUCAACAGCAGGUUCAGCUUCCUCUAGGCUAUUAUCAUACAGUCCCUGAAGAAGAUGGUGAGCCUAAUCCAUCGCGUUCUAUGCUACCAAGUUCCGAGGCCAUUGAUGCCAUGGUUGUUGAUCCGAAAAGUAGUAGCGGAAGCCUGAAUCCUAAUAUUGGUGCCCGGCUGCAUGUGGUUAAUAGCAACAAUAGUACAAGUCUGCAGGGCGGCAUGGGUGGGGCCGGCGCCGUUUCUGUUGCGGGAACCGCUGUGGCGACGGCUGCAGUAAUUUCCCCGGCAGCAGUUAAAUGGUACAAAAAGUCGUCGUCUACUUUGCAUAAUGUGCAGCAACCACAAGUACUUCAAUCACAACAUUUUGAUUCUACUUUGGAACCACCAGCACCGUAUAAAGACUCGAGCAGCAAAGCCAUCGCGGCACCCAUCCCGCGAUCUGACUCUGCAGGUUCUGCUGUCUCAAGCUUAGACUCGUACCCAGAGUACGCUAACUAUACUAGUUACACUAACUAUUUGGACACUCAGGUUCAAAGCCGGAAUCAUCAAGUGCAGCCUCCCAGAAGUGUGACUGUAAGUACAACUUCAAUUUCAGCCUUCAAUGCCCCUUCAAAUGCUUCUCUUGUUUCGCGGGCCGCUCCAGAUGUGUCUGCCAUAGCCCCUCCUCCACCAGUUCCGUAUUCUAUUGGAACGGCCCAUACAAUGGAAUCUACUAUUCGACCCAUUGUUUACUCUAAGCAUGCCAAUUCACCUUCUACUGGCUCUUCUGAAGUCGAUUUUCCGCCGUCUAUUCAGCCUCGAAGCCCGCGGAGACCGAUUUAUAACUUGCGCGAUUCUACCAACAGCUCUUCAUCAUCUUCGUUUGGGGAAAUGCCACCAACUGUUGCGCUUCUUGGAAGCAGCCCUACUGACGAAUCUUCUCACAGUCAUCAAAAAAUUAGCAAUGACGGGUCAGAUUACGAUGUUACUGAUUCUCUCAGUGUGAGUAGCAAGCGCAGCAGCAGAUGCAGCUUCCAUGACCGCUUUAUUACUGGUCGAAGCGGCAAAUACGUUUAUGACGACAGCUUGGGGGCUCUUGAGGCACCACCUGCAAUCGUGCCUGGUGCACGCGGCUUUGGUACUCACCAACGCCAGGGCUCUGGUGGAAGUGUGUCAAGUGGAGGUACAGACAAUACAGCGACUACCGGAACCGAUACAUGGGCUUUGGACACAACCCCUGAACAACGACAAUAUGAUGAGUUUAGAACGCCGCCAAUGUACUAUUCUCGUGGUUCUGUGCACAACCGCUCACCAUCGUCUCAUAUUUUACCAUCUGGCGGAUAUCACAGUCCUUCAGAUGCAUCAUCAGUUGCAUCAGGUAUUCAACUUUCUCAGCCCAUGGUCACGGUUUCACCCGCUUCAAGCAUGCACAGGUUGAAUCACAGUACAGUGGAUAUUGCCGUUUCUGAUAAUAAGCGGUCCAGUUUUUACGACACCAGUGAUCCUGACGAUACUUUUACCGGACGGCGACCUUUCGGCGCUGGAGGAAUUGUUAUGGUCCCAGGGACUUCAAAUACAUCAGCAGGCUCAUUUUACAGCAAUCAUGGCAGCGUUGUAUCGUCAAGCCGGCCAGGUUCUGACGGCUUUGGUACCAUGGUUUCAUCUUCUCUGUCACCUUCAGCUCGUGCCAGCGAAACCGGCUCUCCAUUUUUAGAAGUUGGGGCUAAACACCAACCUCAACGCCAGCCAGUGCCUGAGAGUGUGUCGCCAAUGCCAUUGCAAGCAACACAUCACCAUGUUGAUGCUGACGACGAGUAUAUGAGCUAUGGAAAUAUUACUACUAUGACAGAACCUUCUUGGCUUGAUUCUGUUUCAGGGUCCGAUAAUGAUGUGGAGUCUGCGGCUGCUACUUCUGGACCAGAAGUAGCACCGUUGUUUCUUCAGCGAAAGAGCUCACAAGGAUCAUCAAAGUCUAAUGACCAACUGCAAAAGGAGCCCAAAAACAUCAGUCCUGGAAGAUUUUCGUCAUCUUUAGCCCAGUCUGUUUCUUCUGGAACUAAUCCGCAACCUCAUCAUUACUAUCCCUCUCACCGUACAUAUCAGCAACAUCGCAGCACUGGUAGCAGUGAAUCAAGCAGCUCGGGUACUAAGAAACAUUCUCACACUGGAAAUGUAAAAGACCUGAGUGAUGGAUCAAACGGUUUGAAAGCUUCUUAUAGUUCUUAUGAGUCUAUGAAUUCUCAGUGA